AUGAUCAAAGGCGGCAAAUCAUCCGUGUUAACAUUCGCCGACAAAUGCAAGAGCAUACUGGCUUCCAAUUGGCAAGGUAGCCUUAACACCGUCAAAGCCGACGCUCAAGGAAGUAAGGAGGAGAUUUACACUUCAAAAGUUAAGUAUUUUGUGAAGAAAGGAAGGCCCUAUAUUUGGGUGCCUGAGAAGGAUUUGCAUAAUGUGAACACUAUUAUUGAUGAGCGUGGUUCAUUUGCUGUGACUAGUCCCUUUCCAGGCCAACUUGCACGUAUACUUAAAUCGAUAAAAAAGCUACCAGCUCGGGUUGCUAUGCUAGGGGACGUUGUGCGUCUUGAAGAUGAAAAGGUUGAGUUGGCGGCUGAAAGCCUUAGGGAUGCUUUAUUAGCAGAGCAAAGAAUUCUUGAAGAGUCGAGCUAUUCGGUUACUGGAAUACUGAAUUCUUCUUAUCCUAGUUUGACUUCCCGGAGUGCGAAUCUCCAGGAUUUACUCCAGGGCGAAAAACAACAUUCUGUAUACAGGUUCAAUAUAAGUUCGUGCAUGUAUAUUGACCGCAAUGGUGGAGCACAUGAAGUUAAUCCUAAGGACAUCGAAAAGACUAAGGCUGAUCCACUAUCUUCAUUCUCGAUGAGCUUGAUAGAUGGAGUUAAUCAAAAUGAGAUGAGGCGUCGAGCUCUAGUCCUUUUGUGCAUCACAUUCUUGAAUGAAAAUGCAAAGGAUGCUUUUCUACUUUCAAUAGAUAGGAAGGGAUUUGAUGUGCUGGUAAAAAUGAAGAAUGGGGGAUGGAAGGAGUUACGGUUCACAUUCAAAGAGGACGCACGUGAUGUGCAUAUGUUCUGUCAGAAGCUUCUAGAAAUGGAAGAGGAAGCCCUUAAGAAUAUCUCAAAUUUCAGUGGUUUAUGA